GGGCUGGUGUACUAUACUACUGUCGAUAACUUAUUAUUUUAUAUGUAUGUACAAAAUCACAAUAAAUAUAUUAUAUUAAUUUAUAUGUAAUUAUAAUACACUCAAUAAUAUGAUUUUGUGAUUCCUUCGUGGUUUGUUUUCUUGUGGGUGUUUUUUAUUUUAUUUUUGUAACGUCUAUAAAAUAAUAGUGUGGUGCGUACGGUUGGAAAAAAAAACGUAUCCACCAAACCGCGUACGACUUUUUCGUUUGUUCAAAGCAGCCAGCCGGUCCGACGACGAUGCUUUUGACCGAUUAGUACGGCGGACCGGGUCUGUUUGGCCGUUUUGUGGUGAUCAUUUCGAAUCAAAUUUCUGUGUGCCUUUCGUCGCCGGCGACGACGACGAUAAUUUUACGUGAACGACGUUUAAAUUCCAUCAAUAACGCUCGAAAAUGGUGAGUCCCCUUGUCUCGAAAAUGAGUAAUAAUAUUAAUUGCAACCGACUAACAUUUGUGUAGUUGUAUAUCGUAUUUGCAUUAUGAUUUUUGAUAGGCGUUUGUAUUGGUUUCAUAGGUAGUUCAUUUGAUCUAUGUUUUUCAAAAUUAUUUUCAGAAUACAUUUUUUACGAAAGUUUCACUUGCUGUUUAUAUAGGUACAUAUAAUUAGCAAAGUGGUUUAUUCAUGCUUAGUACCUACUUACAGGCUUUACUAAAAUUGUAUUUACUUCUUCAAUAUGACCAGUCAAUUUACUGGGUUACCUUCUGCUUUAUUUUUUUUAGUUUAAUUAUUACAUAAUAAAAAAAAAAAAAAAACUGGUUUUAUUAAGGCUGUGAUAAUUUAAUUAUAUCUACAUUCGGACCAAUUCCAUGUUAAUGCAGGUAUAUAUAUUACUAUAUUGGCAUAACUUUUAAAUAGGUGCAUUUUGUUCAAUUGAAUAUGGUAUUGUCUGUUAAAAGUAUAUAUUUAUUUAUAAAUAGUGGAUCUGUAUAUCCAGCACCUAUUAUUUAUUUUAUCAAAUUUGUUAAAAUUAUAAGUUGUUAAGUACUAGUAGGUACCUAUACAUUAUUUAAGUGCUUUUUAAAUUAUAAUUUUACUAUAGGCCUGGGAAUAGUUAUAAUGUUACAGUAAUUCAUAUAACAAUUUUGUUGUAUUCAUUAGAAAAUAUAAAUUAAUAAUAGAACAAUAUACAACUACCUUCUUUAUUAUGAGUCUGUUUUAUAUAAUAAUUUGAUUAUCUAUGUAUAUAUAAAUAUAUUAUACUACUUAUCAGUACAAUUUCUGGUUUCAUCAUAAUAUGUGGAUUGUGGUGUAAUAACUUUUUUAGUUAAUUUUUACCAUGGGUAUCAAUAAGAAUUAACCAAAUUUUCUUGAUGAUUUAAGUGGUAAAGGGAGGUAAAUUAAGUCUUCUAUUAUUUUUGUUUCAAAUAUAAUUAGUACUUAUUCUGAAAAAUGGUGAACUAUCUUUUUAUUAAACUUAAUAUUAUUACAUUUAAUAACAAUUAACAUACCUAAUAAUUUCUUAUAAAUUAACUAACUUGUUUAUUUUCCAACUUUGGCGAAUAUUAAUUUAUCUUCCUUUAAGUCAUUUGAUUCUCUUUAAAUACAUUGAUUCUUUAUUAGCACUAUAGGCUGGUUUACCCAUUGCAUAUUAAUAACACAGAUCAAUUUAUAUAAGAAAAAAAAAUAACUCGAUAAAAUCUAUCGAGACUAUUAAUUUUUAAAAGUCUUUUUGGAACUCAGUUUAUAUGCACAAUCAUAAGUUUUUUUGUCAUCAUAUAGAUUACAGGUUUCAACCCAAGUAAUAUAUAGUUAAUCAGAGAAUGUUAUAUUUAAUGUUAUUCUCUUAUUAACUUUUUUUUAUACAUCCAUGCAUAAUAUACUUAACUUAAGAUGUUGAACAUAAAUCUAUUGUGUUAAUUUGUACUUAAUAAUUCUUGAUAAAUAACUCAUUACAAAAAAGAAACUAAGGUUUUUUAAAAUAUAUAUUAUUUCAUAAAAAAUGUUGUAGACCUUUUUCGGACUUGGACAAACGGCAGAAUUAGAAAUAGUUUUAGACCGACCAGAUGGAAAAAAGAAACUAGAUGAAAGCAGUAAAAAAGAUCAAAGUUUAAUAUAUUAUGAUGGAGAAACAGUGUCCGGAAAAGUAAUAUACUUUGUAUUAUAUUACUGAGUUACAUUUUUCAUAAAUAAUUUUAAACAAGUACCUACAAAAUUAGAAAAAAAAAUUGUUUUUACUAAAAAUUGUGUUAUUAAAUAUUAAAUUAUAUUAUGUUGAAUAAAUUGAUUAAAACUUAACUACUUAUUGUAGUUUUAGUAUUGAUACACUAAUUAUAAUUUUUUUUUUUAUUAAUAUAAACUACAAUAUUAUUGAUUAUUAUAUUGAUAUAUUUUCUACUUCCUUUAAUUAUAACACAUUUUAUUUUUUAUUUAUAGGUAAAUGUAAUACUAAAAAAGUCUAGUAGUCGUUUGGAACACCAGGGUAUUAAAGUUGAAUUUAUAGGUCAAAUAGAAAUGUACUAUGAUCGAGGUAAUCAUCAUGAGUUUACAUCAUUAGUCAAAGAACUGGCCAGGCCUGGUGAAAUGUUGCAGAAUACAUCAUAUAAUUUUGAAUUUUCAAAUGUAGAAAAACCAUAUGAGACGUAUACCGGCUCUAAUGUGAGGUUGAGGUACAGUGUAAUAAUUAACAAUUAUUCAUAAAUAUUAAAAUAUCAAAUUUACCAGACAUUUUUGGUUGUAAAUUUAGUGGUUGGUUUGAUAUCAACUUUGUAUAUCAAAGCAGCUUUCCCACUAGUGUAAUACAAUCGACAUAAUGCAAAUUACAAAAAUUGUUAUUUUUAUCUCAUUUGUUUUUCCAAUGUUUAGAAAUUGAAUUUUUCCAUUGAUUUAUGUCACGGCAAUAAGUAUUCUAGGCAAAACAACAUACUUUAUUUUAUUACAAUAAGUAUUAUGCGACAUGGCCAAAAAAGGCAAUAAACAAAUACAAUAGCAUAUACAGGAUUAAAAGUUUGAUUGGGUAAGGCGGAGAGAAGAGUCAAGUAUUUUAUCUAACUAGAGAAUUCCAGUGAGACUUAAAGAUAAGUUCUACAAAAGUACGAUUACACCUCUUAUAUUGGUAUGGUUUAGAGUAAUGGGUGGUAGACAGAAAAUAAGUGUAACAGAGAUGAGAAUGUUUAGGUGGAUUAGUAAAGUGAUGAGUGAAGAUAUGAUAAGAAUGAAUACAUAAGAAGUAAUUUUGGUAUAGCUUUUAUAUUAGACAAAAUAAUAAAAAAUAAACCAAGAUUGUUUGGGGAUGUUAGAGGAAAGAGGAAUCCGAAGCAGAAUCAGAAUUGUAAUGAAAAUAAAUUUAGGUCAGUUCAAGUAGAAGUUCACAACAAAGGUGGCUGACUCCAAAUAGUUUGGAUGAAGGGAAAUGUAAAUAAGAAUACCAUAUUUUGAAUAGUUUUCAAAAAUACAAUGGUGAAUCAACACAAAACUGUUUUUGUUUUGUUUUUAAAGUUGUACUAGCAACAAAAUUGAUUUGUUUUUUCCCUCUCUCCUAUUUUGAUUCAAAUAUUGAUUUUAAAUUUGAUUAGUUUGAUAUUUAAAAAAAAAAAAUCAGCAAUUGAAAAUAUAACAUUAAGUGUGAGGUGAUUGAGAACUUGUUAGGAGAAAAGGAAAAAAUAAAGGUAAACGCUUCAACAAUGGCAACAAUCAGCCGUGAAAAAAGGCAAAUAACUAGUAACUAAUAUGUAAAAUACAUGUUUAUAAAAGAAGUGACUGGCAGAAAGAAGAGAGAUGUUUGUAGUAUAUAUUAGUUAUUUUUAACAAAAACAUAUUUCCCAUUAAAAUAUGUAUAAUGAUAUUAUUAUGAUUUCUAUAAAUUUACUAAUAAAUUUUCCAAAAUAUCUAUGUAAACAAAUUAAAUUAUAAACUGUUAAGCAAUAAAUAAAGAAAUGUUUAUAUACUAACUAAAAUAUAAAUAUUUUACUUUUAUCAUAAAUGUUUAUUAAUAGCACUUUAAUGAUUAUUAUUGUUUUAUAGGUACUUUUUGAGAGUUACCAUCAUACGAAGAAUUUAUGACAUUAUUAAAGAAAUGGAUAUUAUUGUACAUACCUUAUCUUCUUAUCCUGAUAUGAAUAAUAGUAUAAAAAUGGAAGUAGGAAUUGAAGAUUGUUUACAUAUUGAGUUUGAAUACAAUAAGUGCAAGUGAGUCAAUACAAUUUUUCUAUUUAAAUAACAUUAUUUGUACUUUAAGUAUAUAUAUAUAUAUAUGUAUAUAUAUGUUUACAAUUUAGAUAUCAUUUAAAAGAUGUAAUUGUUGGUAAAAUUUAUUUUCUACUAGUAAGGAUAAAAAUAAAACACAUGGAAAUUGCCAUAAUUAAGAGAGAAACUACUGGAUCUGGUUAGAUAAUAUUAAUUAAUACCAAAGUUAGUUUUUCUUCCUGAAUCAGUAAGUUAUAUAUAUGUGUGUUUUGUUGUUUAGGUCCUAAUACAUUUAAUGAGAAUGAAACAAUAGCUAAGUAUGAAAUAAUGGAUGGAGCACCUGUCCGAGGAGAAAGUAUUCCUAUUAGAGUAUUUCUUGCAGGUUAUGAUCUUACGCCUACUAUGCGGGAUGUGAACAAAAAGUUUUCAGUGAGAUACUUUUUGAAUCUUGUUCUUAUGGAUGAAGAAGAUAGGCGUUAUUUUAAACAACAAGUAUAUGACAUUUACUAAAUUAUAAUUUACUUUUUCUUAUUUAUUAUGUUUAUAUUAUGUAAUACAUAUAAUAUAAUAUACCUAUUAAUGCUUUGUAGAUUUUUUUAAAAACAAAUUGAAUACAUUUUUAGGAAAUAACGUUAUGGCGGAAAGGAGAAAAGAAUUUAAAAGGGUUACAAAAUCGUAAUGAACCUUCUCAUUUAGUCUCUGGUAAAGAUGGGCCAAAAGGAAGUGAAGCUCCACGAACUACUUCUCAAUCAGUUCAGCCAACUGGCUCACUUGAUAAUACUGACUUGGAAAAUGAUUAUAAUCAUUCCACAAUAAAUGAAGGUGAAGAUGAACAGGUACGUUCAUCAAUUGAGGAUAGUAUAAGUGAAUAAUAAUAAGUUAUAUUGUUUUACAUGUCUACAAAAUGCCAUUAAUUUUGAUUCCGAAUUUUUAAAAAAAAAAAAAAAAAAUACUAGUUAUUUAAAAACCUUAAAUACAUUAGAGUAUUAUGCCUAGUCCUAAUUAUUGAAAAUUAUAUUUAAUUAUACUUAUGUUAUUAACAGGUUAACCAAUUAUACAUUUUUUUUGUUCAUUUAAAUUGUACUAUAAUGGGCUAAUAUACAAAACAAUUUAUCACUUGUUAAAUACUUUAUGUUAUAAAAUAACAGCAAAUUUUUAUACUCUGCAAAUAAUAUAGUUGUUAUAUAUAAUAUCAGAAAUUAAUAUAUACAUAAAUAUAUUAAUUUAUAUAUUUUUAUACACAUUAUGUCUGUUGAUUUCGUAGAAUUUCUAUAGGUACCUUAAUUGUUAUUGUGAUUUAUUGUUUAAAAAAUAAAAUUUAUUUACUUUAUAGUAAAUACUUUUAUUUGUUUUAUUUACAAAUUUGAUUACUAAAUAUAUAUUCUUGUAUUUGAUGAAUUGUAUAUAAAAUCAUUUAAUACAUAUUAUUACUGUUACCUGAUAUUAUUUGGGUUCAUUCAUAAAGUGAAUAAUGUUAACAAAUUACCUUAGCUAACUAUAUAAAUAUAGUCAAAUAUUGUUUAUAAAAUAUGUAUUUUUUUAAACAAUUAUUUAUUGUAUUUGUGAAUUAUGUCAUUUUAAUCAUAUAGUAAUGUAUCAUAUAUGUAUUUAUAAAUAAAUUUAUUUAUCAG